AUGGAGCGCGUCGUCGUGUCUGAUCUGACCUCGGCGGGAAUAGAUUACUCGCCACAAGAGUUUUCGCAGUUGGCGAUGGGCUGCUCCUACAAUGGCAUGGAGAUGUCAGUGGUGUUCGUGUCUGGGGCACAGACUUGGCAGAAAUCAUCGGACUCGGCGCAGCAGCAGGCGCGAUAUUCCACUCAACUUGUCGUGGAGAACAAAGGUCUCGAGCUUAUGCGUCCUGUUCUUGGCCCGCGGCCUUGGGUUGCAGUAUUUAAUAUAGGACAUGCUGCAUGGGCCUGUUUAAAGCGGCAGGGCCAGAAAUAUUGUGUAAGUCGGUUUUGCGUGGAGCACUGA